UGUUCUUGUUAGUUUGUGUGACUGAGCUGCUUAAUUUUUUUUUAUUUAUGUUUUUUUUUCAGUUUGAUUUCUUUUUCAUACUUUUGUGUCAUUCCACCUAUUCGGGUUUGGUGAAUCGAUUGUACACUCGAUUUCUGGUUCGCGUUUUGUUCAGAUUCAUGGAUUCGAUCGCGAUCAUGAACUUUUCCGUCGAAGACAAGUUUUCCGGACAUCGAUUGGGUUGUCCGGAAAAUCAUGCUUUACCUUGGGUUCUGUUUCUGGUACUUCUUCAGUUGAAUGUCUUCUUGUUACCUUUGUUUCUGUUUCCGGUACUGAAAAUUUGGAGGUUGCCGAAGUGUUAAUGGUAUGGCAGGCAAAGGAAUCUUCGAGAAGAAUCUGGAGACGUUCACUUGUCGUUGUCUUAUGAGAUAACUCUGUAGUAACACAAAAAAUGGGGUCUCGAGUGAACUUCAGGAACUUCGCUGAUGGAGACAUGAACCAGAAGCAGGCAGUGAUUGGGAAUGUUCCAUUGGCGAGGCAGAACUCUGUUUUCUCGUUAACGUUCGACGAGUUUCAGAACACGUGGGUCGGGUUAGGUAAGGAUUUCGGGUCCAUGAACAUGGAUGAGCUCUUGAAGAACAUAUGGACCGCCGAGGAAAGCCAAGCCAUGAACACCACCACCACCACCACCAACAACAUUAACAAUGGUAAUAACAGUAACAUUGGUAAUAGUAAUGGCUUAGCUGUAGCUAUGGGAGGAGGAGGGGAUGGUUGUGUUGGAUUUUCUGGCGGGAAUUUGCAGAGGCAGGGAUCAUUUACUUUGCCUCGUACGCUUAGUCAGAAGACGGUUGAUGAAGUUUGGAGGGAGUUGAUGAAGGACAGUGACAAUGGUGGUGGUGGUUGUAGUAAUGGCGGAUCAGAUGUUCCUCAGAGGCAACAGACAUUGGGAGAGAUUACAUUGGAGGAGUUCUUGGUCAGGGCAGGUGUAGUCAGGGAAGAACCUCAACCAUUGGAGAGGCCAGACAACAUUAAUGGCGGCUUCUAUGGCUUCGGUGGUAAUGCAAGUCUCGGGUUACAUCAGAACAAUUUCGUAUCUAACCACACCCUUGAUUUCUCUGGCAAUGCCGCUGGAGUCAGGCUGGGAGGGCUGCCACCUCGGUCGCAGCCGCAACAGGAGACCGCCUUCCCAAAGCAAGCCACGAUCGCGUUCACAAACAAUGUGGACAUGGCUAACAUCUCUAAACCCAUUAUACAGGAGGUGAGGAGUACGAUAGCCGGGGUACAGGACUGUCCAGUGAAGAGCAAUUUACUACAAGCUGUCAACUUAAAAACAGGGGUAACGGUUGCGGCCGUGUCUCCGGGAGGCCAGAUGUCUCCUGACCUGACUCCUAGGGAUGCAUCUGUAUCACCUGUUCCUUACAUGUUUGGCCGGGGAAGAAGAUCGGGUGCAGCUCUCGAGAAAGUGAUCGAGAGAAGGCAGAGAAGGAUGAUCAAGAACAGGGAAUCGGCUGCUAGAUCACGUGCCCGUAAACAAGCUUACACAAUGGAGUUGGAAGCAGAAGUAGCAAAACUAAAGGAACUGAAUAACGAAUUGCAGAAAAAACAAGCCGUAAUCAUGGAAGUGCAGAAAAAUCAGCUCUUAGAACCGAUUCGCCAGCCGUGGGGAUGCAAGAGGCAAUGCUUGCGGAGGACAUUGACGGGUCCUUGGUAGAAAAACGAAUGAUCAUAGGGACAUCAGAACUAGAAAAACAGCUGUGAAUGUGGUUAGAUAGGUGUGUUCUCCUCCUCGUGUGAAUUAUGAACUGAAAUCAGUUUGACAGAGACUCUCUUCUUUGUUCGGUUUCUUGAAUGAUUGCAGCGCAUGGGUCUUGCUUCAUGAACUGUGGGAUGCCUUCCCGAAACUUUGGGUUUAUUC